GGCUUUAUAAAUAAGUUCAUGAGAUAGUAAGCAAUCACUACUCAGCAGCACCAAACUUUACAACCAAAGAUAUAUAGCAAGUUAGCAACUACUCAGGACAUCGAAUGGCAAGUGUGCCAGUUUUUUCGGCUGCUGCCCGAAGGUUGGAAGGCAAGGUAGCACUCAUCACAGGAGGUGCUAGUGGAAUUGGUGAAUAUGCUGCUAAAAUAUUCACCCAAAAUGGUGCAAAGGUCAUGAUUGCUGACAUCCAAGAUGAUUUGGGCCAAUCUGUUUGCAAAAACUUAGGCCCAUCAGUAGCCUCAUACAUCCACUGCAAUGUCACUAAUGAAGCCCACGUUCAAAAUGCAGUGGACUCAACAAUGGCCCAAUAUGGAAAGCUCGACAUCAUGUUCAAUAACGCGGGCAUAGGAUGUUACCCCAAGCCCAACAUCCUCGACAACACACAAUCGGACUUUGAGGAAGUAAUUAAGGUGAAUCUUGUUGGGCCGUUUUUAGGGACAAAACAUGCAGCCCGAGUAAUGAUCCCGGCCAAACAAGUAUACUUUCAAACAGGUAGUAUAAUUACGACGGCUAGUACUUGCGCCACCAUAGCGGGUGUUGCACCCCACGCCUACACCACCUCGAAGCAUGGCGUGUUGGGGCUCAUGAGGAACACCGCCGUGGAACUUGGAAAGCAUGGGAUUCGAGUGAACUGCGUGUCACCACACGUGGUCGCAACCUAUAUGACUAAGACCUUCUUUGAUCUAGAUGAUGAAGAUUUUGCUAAUAUAUACUCUAAUCUCAAAGGAGCUAUGUGUAAAAAGGAGGAUGUUGCGAGUGCGGCUUUGUUUCUUGCAAGUGAUGAAUCCAAGUUUAUUAGUGGACAUAAUCUUAUUGUAGAUGGAGGAUUUACUAUUGUGAAUCCAGCAUUUAGUAUGUUUGAAAAACUUUAGUAAAGAUUUUUGAGG